AGCUCUUUUGUUUCCUUGUGUAGCCGCCGGCCAAGCAUGGAAUUUAGGAUUUAUACUGGAGUACCUCGCGGAUUCGAUGCACUCGUGUUGGGAUCCCCAGAUCCAGCUCCAUGGCUUCGCCAAGUUCUGGCUUGACGGUUGCCGUGGGGAUCUCCGUCCUGGCUUUCAGCUUCGUCUCGGCGAUCAUCGUGGUCGCGAUUUAUUGUCUCAAGAGGAGGUUCUCGCAUAGAUCAGAGCCGAUCGGAUUUAUUUCGCUGGAACAAGUUGCUUGGAAGAAGGAAGCUAACAGCAUUGAUGUUCCAACGCAAGCACGCCCCUUCCAGCUCCUGGAAAUCAAAGUUGCUACCGAGAGCUUUAGCAGGAAGCUUGGAGAAGGAGGAUUUGGGCCAGUUUAUCACGGGAUUCUCCCUGACAGCCAUGAAAUCGCAGUGAAAGUCCAGUCCUAUGAUUCCAAGCAAGGAGCGAACGAGUUCUUCAACGAGGUCCAACUCCUGUCAAGAGCUCACCAUCGUCACGUCGUCUCGCUGGUCGGCUACUGCCACGAAGCGAAUUCUCGGAUGCUAGUUUACGAGUAUCUCUCUGGAGGAACGCUCGAAAGAAACCUUCACGAUAUCAGCUCGAAGACACUCUUCUCUUGGAAAACCAGGCUAAAAAUCGCGCUUGAUGCUGCCAAAGGGAUCGAGUACCUGCACUGCGGCUGCAAUCCUCCAAUCAUCCACCGAGACUUGAAGAGCGGCAACAUCCUCUUGACGAGCGCAAUGCAAGCCAAGGUUGCGGACUUUGGCCUCUCAAAGCUGGUGGAGGGAAGUCGCAUCUUUACAGCAGUCAAGGGUACGUCAGGCUAUGUCGAUCCUGAGUACUAUGAAACUCAAGAGUUAACACAGAAGAGCGAUGUUUACAGCUUUGGGGUGGUGCUGCUGGAGAUCAUCUCCGGAAGAGAAGCUUUGAUCGACACCCCCAAGCCUCGCAAACAGCUCAAACUCAGCGAUUGGGCCAGGGGCUUCUUGCUGGAGCGGCGAAUCCACAAGAUCAUAGACCCCAUCUUCGACGCUGUCUAUAACAUCGAAUCCAUCUGGAAAACCGCGGAGCUCGCCAUGUUUUGCGUGGAGCCUCGAGCUGUCCACAGGCCUGCAAUGCCGGAAGUUGUCCAAGAGCUAAAGCAAGCGCUGGACAUCGAGGAAGGAAGGAUCACUGUAGCAACGAUCGAGGCCGCGACGCCCUUGGCUCCCGUCCAGGCCGCAAAACACCACCACGCGCGUUCCGAGCCGGUUUACUACCAUCAAAACACUCGAAACUUCAGCUUUGGAACUUCCGAAGACGAAUCUUACAGCUUCUCGAAUUUGCGAGAGGUGAAAACAACUGAAGGAGAAACAACAACUUAGCUCGUAACAGUCGCUGGAAGAGCGAAGACCCAAGACCCAGGACUGAGAGAAUGAACUUAACUAGGACGAAGCAGCGUGAAAGGUCCGACGAAAGAAGAUCAACAUGUCACAUAGUAAACGUAGCUCUCGACUGAACGAUGAGAUCAAAGGAAGGAAAAAAAAACCAGAGAACUUAGCUGCAAGUUCGAACGGAAGAAGAUCAAUAGCAAAAGUAGUGAACUUAGCUCUGGACUGAAA